AUGGCGCUGAGCAGAGACGAGAUCGUGAAGCCGCGAACGGACAAGAGGGAGUACAGAAGGAUCGUUCUCAGUAAUUCGCUCCAAGUUCUUCUCAUAAGCGAUCCAGAAACCGAUAAGUCUGCUGCUUCCAUGGACGUCGGCGUUGGUUCUUUCAGCGACCCCGUUGGACUCGAAGGCCUUGCUCAUUUCCUCGAGCACAUGCUGUUUUAUGCUAGUGAGAAGUAUCCGUUGGAGGAUAGUUAUUCCAAGUACAUCAGUGAGCAUGGCGGGCAUACCAAUGCGUUUACUUAUUCUGAGCAAACCAACUACCAUUUUGAUGUCAACAACGAUUGUUUUGAAGAGGCUUUGGACAGAUUUGCUCAGUUCUUUAUUAAACCACUCAUGUCAGCUGAAGCAACAAUGAGGGAAAUUAAAGCUGUUGAUUCUGAGUGUCAAAUGAAUUUGUUGUCUGAUGCUUGGAGAAUGAGUCAGCUUCAGAAGCAUUUAAGUAAUGAAGGACUCCCAUAUCACAAAUUCAAUAUAGGUAAUUGGGAGACUUUGGAGGUUAGACCAAAAGCGAAGGGGCUGGAUACAAGAGAAGAGCUGAUAAAAUUCUAUAAAGAACAUUAUUCAGCCAAUCUCAUGCAUCUCGUCAUAUAUGCAAAAGAAAGCCUUGAUGAGCUCCAAGGGGUCGUUGAGGAGAAGUUCCAAGCAAUUCCAAACCAUGAGAGGAGCUGCUUCUCCUUUCCAGGUCAACCCUUCUUGUCAGAGCAUUUACAGAUACUAGCCAGAGCUGUCCCUAUACAAGAAGGACACGAGCUAAGAAUUUCAUGGCCAAUAACACCAUGGAUUCUUCACUACAAGGAAGGCCCAAUGCAUUAUCUUAGCCAUCUUAUUGGUCAUGAAGCAGAAGGAUCUGUAUUCUAUGCAUUGAAAACCUUGGGAUGGGCCACAAGUUUAUACGCUAGUGAAGGCGAUUGUACAAGUGACUUUUCUGUCUUUGAAGUUGCAAUUGACCUCACUGAUGCUGGUCAUGAGCACAUGCAGGAUGUUGUUGGGUUGCUAUUCAAGUACAUCAUGCUCUUGCAGCGGUCUGGUGUAUGCAAAUGGAUAUUCGAUGAGCUUGCCGCAGUUUCUCAGACAGAAUUCAAUUAUCGAGACAAAAAUGAUCCUAUUAAUUACAUCGUGGGGAUUUCUUAUUAUAUGCAUAAAUAUCCCCCGGAAGAUUGGCUUGUACAGUCAUCUAUGCCUACUGAUUUCAAUCCGAGCACAAUCCAAAUGCAUCUUGAUCAGCUCUCUCAAGACAACUUCCGUAUCUUCUGGAUCUCAAAGAAGUUUGAAGCAGAAGCUCAGACUGUGGAGCCGUGGUUUGGAACUAGAUAUGGUAUCGAGAAAAUCACUAGCUCCACGAUUCAGGACUGGAUACAUUCCGCUCCCGACAAAAAUCUGCAUCUUCCAGUACCUAAUGUGUUUGUUCCUACUGACUUGUCUGUUAAGGACAAACAAGAGAAGGUCACAUGGCCAUCUCUUUUGAGAAAGUCAUCCUAUUUUUCAUUGUGGUACAAGCCGGACACAUUGUUCUUUAUGCCGAAGGCAUACAUAACAGUUGAUUUCAGUUGCCCUCUUGCUAGCGUUUCCCCUGAGGCCUCUGUGCUUACAGAUAUCUUUACAGAACUGUUAAUGGAUUACUUGAAUGAAUAUGCCUAUUAUGCGCAAGUUGCUGGUUUAUACUAUUGGAUAGGCAGCACAAACAGUGGUUUCCAGGUGACUAUGGUUGGUUAUAAUCACAAAUUGAGGGUUUUGUUAGAAACUGUUGUAAAGAAAGUAGCUACAUUUGAAGUUAAGCCUGACAGGUUCGUGGUGAUCAAGGAAAAAAUGACGAAAGCAUAUGAGAAUUACAAGUUUCAGCAACCUUAUGAGCAGGCUAUGUAUUAUUGCUCUUUAAUACUUUAUGAUCAAGCAUGGCCGUGGACGGAAGGACUUGAGGUUCUUUCUCAACUUCAGGCUGAUGAUCUUUCUAGGUUUGUGCCAAUGCUGCUGUCAAGAGCCUUUUUGGAGUGCUACGUUGCAGGGAACAUUGAACAAGAUGAAGCAGAAACGAUUAGUAAUCAAAUUGAAGACACCUUUUUCAAGGGUCUGAACCCCAUAUGCCAACCAUUGUUCUCUUCUCAACAUCUAGCUAACAGAGUUGUCAAGCUUGACCGGGGAAUGAGUUACAUCUAUCCGGUUGAAGGCUUAAAUAUAAAAGAUGAGAAUUCUGCUUUACUGCAUUAUAUCCAGGUUCAUCGAGAUGACAUAAAGCUGAACGUUAAGCUGCAGCUUUUUGCUUUACUUGCAAAGCAAGCAGCUUUCCACCAACUUAGAACAGUUGAGCAACUUGGCUACAUGACGUUUCUCACGCGGAGGAAUGAUUCUGGCAUUCGUGGACUACAGUUUGUGAUCCAAUCAACAGUUAAAGGUCCUGGCCAGAUUGAUCUCAGAGUCGAGAAUUUCCUCAGCAUGUAUGAAAGUAAACUACGGGAGAUGUCCAAUGACGAAUUCAAGAAUAAUGUGAAUGCGCUGAUCAACAUGAAACUCGAGAAGGUGAAGAACUUAAGCGAAGAAUCGUCCUAUUACUGGAACGAGAUUUCGGAGGGGACACUCAAGUUUGACAGGAAGGAAUGCGAGGUGGCAGCCCUGCGGCAGCUAACUCAAGACGAACUGCUAGAUUUCUUCAACGACUACAUAAAAAUUGGUGCACCUCAGAAGAGGACGCUCAGCAUCCGAGUAUACGGGAGCCCACAUUCGUCGGAGUUGGCAGCAGACAGAAGCCAGGAGCUCCCUCCAAACUGUGCUGAAAUCGAGGAUAUCCUCAGUUUCAGAAGAUCGCAACCUCUCUAUGCUUCAUUCAAGGGAGGUGUCGGCCACAUGAAGCUGUAA